UUUUUUAGGGGAACUAGAAUACUAGUGGAUAAGAAUAAUUUGUUGAUAUUUGUUGAUUGGGAUAAUUUGUAGACGUGCGUAGAAGUCUAAAGCACAAAGACCGAUCAUCGUAGGCAUGGUAGGAGGGAAAAAAAUCCAUGCAAACAGAAACACUAUAUUAAUUAAAAUUAAAAGCACAAUCAGAAUGUAAAACAAAUGGACUCCAAACGAAUGUCAAGGGAAAUACAGUAAAAGAAUGCAUUAAUUUCAAUUUAUAAGGAAAAAAAUGAAAAACCAAUAAACAGAAGAACACAAUUUUUGAAGGUGAACGAAUGAAAUGGAGAGUUGGAGGGGAUUUUAAUGAAUAAAGAGCAAAUGGCGUAAGAUUUUAUAGGAACAAUAAAUACUCCGUACUAUUUAAAUGAGAAAGCAAAAUAAAAAACAAGAGCACCAACCAUACACAAAAGGUGUUACGGGACUAUGUAAAGUGUAAACAAAUAUUAGAGCUUUAACACUUCCGUUCAUGGAUUUUCGACAUCUCCAUGGGUUCAAUCUCGCAAUGCUUGGGAAGAUAGGCUGGAAAUUAUUUUCAGGCCCGAAUACUAUGGUUUCUCGUACUCUAAAAGCCAAGUAUUUUCCAAAUGGGGAUUUUAUAGGGGCGGCUCUUGGGCAUAACCUCAGUUUUAUUUGGCGUAGUAUCUGGUCAACUCGAGCAUUACUAAGGGAGGGCUAUCGAUGGAGCAUUGGUAAUGGUGAGAGAGUUCAUGUCCAGGAUCAACCAUGGCUCCGCAACCCUGAAGAUCCUUGGAUUCACACGAGUGGCAGUAUCUUACAAGGGCUUAAGGUGAGUCAAUUUAUUAAUCACGAAGAGGGCUGCUGGUGAGAAACCAUGAUCAGGACAGUGAAGAGAUUUUGAAGAUUCCACUAAUGAGAUUAGCUUCCGAGGAUGCUAUGAUUUGGAGAUUUGCAAAGGAUGGUCAUUUUUCAGUCCGGAGCGCAUACCGACUUUGCAUGGAAAAAAUGGUGAAUAUGGAUCACCUUAAAGUACAAGGGCCACGGAAGAAGAUCUGGGAGCUGCGAGUUCCACAAAAGCCGCACACUGGCCUCCGAUCCCACGACUGCCGCACGGUCGCCUGCCACCAUUGCCCUGCUGCACGCCGCCGCCAGCUCGCCGCCCAGGAGUCACGUUGCCGAGUCGCACAGGGUAUGGAAGCCUCGCCAGUAACCUCACGCAAGAUGGUUGGCUCGGAGGUUGCUGGCGGCCUAACACCUCUGCAGAGAUGGCCGGAGAGCCAUGUGCGCCGCUACUCUCUCAAGAUCUGUGCAUCGCUGCUGUCUCAAGAUCUGUGCGCCGCCUCCCAGGUGCCUCCGUUCAUCUUCACCUAGCCGCUGCCUCGCAGGUGCCGCCCUUCGUCCCCAACCAGCCGCCGCCAUCUAACUGCAUAACAGCGCUCCAACUCGCCGCCUCCGCCUCCAUGAGUGAUAGAUGGCUCGCAACUAGCUCUCCCGUAGAUGAAUACUCCCAUUUAAAUUAAAAUUAGGUUUGUAUUUUUUCAAUGGGUUGAGACUGGAUCCCUACUUUGGAUCCGCUACUAGCUUAGGCCCACAAUUCUCUUUUUUGCUUUUCUAUUUUCAAAAUUUGGAGUAUCUAAAUUUGUGGGCAUUAAAUAUGUGAAGUGAAUAUAGGCAGUGAACAUCAUAAUAUAUACAGAG